AUGGAAGGCAUAGUGCUCCUCGUCUUGUCCGUGUUCAUGCUUCUCGUCGUCCUCUCCAAGCUCAAGUCCCUGCUCGUCGCGAAACCAAAGCAUAACCUGCCCCCAGGGCCGUGGACGCUUCCGGUGAUCGGCAGCCUCCACCACCUCGUCGCCGGCACCAACAUCCACCGCGUCAUGCGCAGGCUGGCGCAGAAGCACGGGUCGCUCAUGACGCUCCGGCUCGGCGAGGUGCCGGCACUGGUAGUGUCGUCGCCACAGGCCGCGGAGGAGGUCAUGAAGACGCACGACGUCACGUUCUCCGAUCGGCACGUGAACGCCACGCUCAGCGUGCUCGCCUUCGACUGCAAGGACGUCGCGUUCGCGCCCUACGGCGAGCGGUGGCGCCAGCUCGGCAAGAUCUGCGUGCUGGAGCUGCUCAGCGCCUCCCGGGUGCAGUCGUUCCGGCGCAUCCGCGAGGACGAGGCUGCGCGGUUCAUGGAGAACCUCGCCGCGUCCGCCGGCGCCGGCGCCGCCGCCGUCAACCUGUCCAAGAUGAUCUCUAGGUUCAUCAACGACACCUUCGUGAGGGAGUCGGUGGGCAGCCGGUGCAAGUACCAAGACGAGUACCUCGACGCACUCGGCACGGCGUUGCGGCAGACGUCAGGGCUCGCCGUCGCCGACCUCUUCCCGUCUUCGAGGCUCGUGCAGGUUCUUGACACGGCGCCGCGUAAGGUGCUCGCGUGCCGGGACAGGAUGCAGCGCAUCCUCGAGCAGGUCAUACAGGACACAAAGGAAGACGUGGACCGCGGUGGCGAGGCGGCGGCGGCCGGGACCGGCAGAGAGGGCUUCGUCGGCGUCCUGCUAAGGCUCCAGAAGGAACGCAGCACGCCGAUCCCGCUCGACGACGACACCAUCGUGGCGGUGCUCUUUGACAUUUUUGCUGCCGGUAGCGAGACCUCGUCGACCACGCUGAACUGGUGCAUGACGGAGCUAGUCCGGACCCCGGAGGCCAUGGCGAAAGUGCAGGCCGAGGUGCGGGCGGCCUUCAAGGGGAAGAGCACGGUAGGCGAAGACGACCUCAAGGGGCUCAGCUACCUCAAGCUGGUGAUCAAGGAGGCCCUCAGGCUGCACACACCAGCUCCACUCCUGGUCCCUCGGAAGUGCCGUGAGACGUGCAGGGUCAUGGGCUACGACGUCCCCAAGGGCACGGUCGUGUUCGUUAACAUGUGGGCGAUUUGCAGGGACCCCAAGUAUUGGGACGAUCCGGAGGAAUUCAAGCCGGAGCGGUUUGAAAACAGCAACCUAGACUACAAGGGAACAAACUUUGAAUUCCUUCCAUUUGGAGCUGGCCGUCGGAUUUGCCCGGGGAUCAACCUAGGGGUGGGAAACAUUGAACUUGCAUUGGCGAGCCUUCUAUACCACUUUGACUGGAAGCUGCCUGACGGAAUCGAUCCAAAGGAUGUUGAUGUAAGUGAGGCUGCAGGAUUAGUUGCAAGUAAGAAAACAAGCCUGAUCUUGCACCCUGUUACUCGCAUUCCUCCAGAAAAUGUGUAA